AUGAUGGGCGAGGAUUUCACGGAGGAGGACCUCGACGCCGGCGACGUGCUCGAGGACGCCGACGACGGGGACGAGAACGGGCGCGAGCGCGAGGACAGCAUCGAUUUGGCGGACCUCAAGCCCAUGGACGCCUUCCUCAUGAAGAUGGAGGAUUUGGUGACGGAGAUGGAGCGGCGCCACCUGCACCCGAAGGGCUUCUUCAACGACGACGCGAAGGAGCUCCAGAAGUACUUCGACCAGGAGCACUUCAAGGAGCUCGAGAAGAUCAAGGAGGAGCGGCGCGAGCAGCGGCAGCGGAGCCGCAUGAAGGCCCAGCUCCAGAAGAAGCGGCUCCAGCUGGAAAAGCAGCUGCGGGAGGAGCAGGACGCCGUCGCCAACGACCCCCAGAUCGAGGCCUGGCUGUCCGUCGUGCGGAGCGAUCAGACGCGGCCGUCCGCGCGCAUCGGCGUCAACUCCGUCACCGCGAGGGCGUUGGCCAAGGCCAUGUGGAACAACAAGUCGCUGACGUCCCUGGACCUGAGCCGCAACGACCUCUCCGACUUCGCCGGCGCGCAGAUCGGCCGCAUGCUCAAGCGGAACGCGGCGCUGGUGAAGCUCGAGCUCAACGAGAACCGGCUCGGCCCGCGCGCGUGCCACGCCUUCGGCGAGGCGCUUCAUACCAAUGGCACCCUCAAGACCCUGAGUCUGGAGUCGAACCCGCUGACGAACGAGUCGACGGACCAGACGGGCGUCGUGGCUCUGGCGCAGGCGCUCUCGUCGAACGCGUCGCUGACGCUGCUCAACCUGUGGCGCUGCGACCUGGGGACGACGGCGGGCGCCGAGCUCGCCAAGGCGCUGCACCUGAACUCGUCGAUCAUCAACCUGGACGUGGGCAACAACGGCGUCUUGGUCGCGGACAAGCGGCGCAUCGCCGACAAGGUCGACGCGAACAAGAAGGAGACGCGGGCCAUCGCGCUCCAGAACCACGCCUUCCAGGAGCAGCUCCGCAAGGAGGCCGCCGGGCGCCAGGCCAUCGCCGACGAGGAGCAGAAGGCGCGCGAGCUCGAGGAGUGGAUGGACGCGCAGAAGGACCUCCGCGCGGCGGAGCGCAUGGCCGAGGCGGACGCGGAGCGCGAGAAACGGCGCGAGGAGGAGCGCGUCAAGGCCGAGGCCGAGCGCGUCGCCCGCGAGGAGAAAAAGGCCAAGGAGGAGGCCGCGAAGAAGAAGAAGGGCAAGAAGGGCAAGAAGGGCAAGAAGUCCAGCGCUUCGAAAGAGUACACCUCCGCGGCCAGCGGCGCGUCGAGGGGCGCCCAGAUCGCGCGGUCGAUCUUCGGGCGCUUCGGCUUUGGCUUCGCGCCCCUCCUCGGCCGCCACUUGGACGUCUUCGCGAGCGUCACGUGCGGGGCGAAGUCGGGCUGCCCCGCGUGGCCCGCGGCCGUCAGCGCGGCCCCGGCCGCCGCCGCGACGGCCGCCAGCGCGCCGCCGGACGCGUCGUCGCAGCGCGCGAAGAGCACGUUAGAGCCGAAGGCGCCGAGGCCGCCGAACCGGACGGGCACGCGGUCGGCGCCCGCGGCGGCGGCCGCCGCGCGCAGCGCGGCCACGGCCGCGUCGAGCUCCGCCGCGGCGCCGUCGGCGCCGGCCUCCCUGAAGAUCCGCGCAAUGGAGAUGAACCCGGCGACGCUCCUGUGGCUCCCCGACGACCUCGCGCACCUCAUCAUCGAGCACGUCGACGGCUUCGACCUCGCGCGGCUGAGCCAGACCUGCGGCCGGUGCCUCGCGGCGCACGCGGACGAGCAGGCCUGGGAGAGCGUCGUGCGCGCGCGCUGGUUCGACCGGCGCUGGCUCGGCCAGCGGCGGGGCCUGACGCGCGCGGCGAGCGCCGUCUCCGUGCGCCAGUGCGGCGCGGCGACGUGGGCGCGCGCGUACCGGGAGCUCGCGCGGCGGCAGUUCGCGCCGCGGACGUGGCUCACCCCCCGUCACGCGAAGAUUGUGGCGCGCAGGAGGGUGGGGUCGGCGGCGGCCUGGGCGACGGUGGCGCACACGGCGGACUGCCGCACGGUCGGCGCAUCGGGCCAGGGGAGCAGCGCGCCCGCGAUCGACCUGCGCGUGCUCGUGCAGAACGUCGGCGCGGAGGCCGUGUGCUUCGACCCGGCGCGCAUCGCCGUGACCUGGCUGGCGUGCGUCGACGAGGCGGGGCGCGUCGCGCCGCGGCCCUGCGAGAUCCUCUUCGCCGAGAUCUUCGCGCGCGGCCACGAGCGGCGCGACGCGCGGCGGCGCCCGGGCGUUGAGACGCUCGGCGUCCUCACCUGGGCCGCGGCCAUCGUCCGCGUCGCCGUGCCGGACUGCUACUACGAGGGCGACUUCCUCGAGCGCGCCGUCGAGCUCCGCGUGCCCUUCGUCGAGACCGGCUCGCCGCGCCACGCGCUCUCGGCGCGCGAGAGCCGGCUCCUGCUCGAGACGGGCUCCGCGGCGCCGCAGCUCCUCACGAUGCCCUUCGUCGGCCCGGAGCACGUCCACCGCUGGUACACGGAGCUCCCGGGCGGCUGCGUCGUCCUCGCCACGGGGCUCUGA